CGAUGGGCGGCGCCGGCAACACGCGAGGGGCGGCCCCGGCACCGGUCCCGGCUCCGUGCAGACUCUCGCUGACCAUCGCCGCCGCCAUGAGCGCCGAUCCCAUCGUGUUCGUCGCGGCCGUCCGGACCGCUAUCGGCUCCUUCAACGGCGCGCUGUCCGCGCUGCCCGCACACGAGUUGGCCGCCGCCGUGAUCCGCGAGGCGCUGCGUCGGGCCGGGCUGGGCCCCGAGGAGGUGUCGGAGGUGGUGCUGGGCCAGGUGCUGACCGCAGGUGCUGGCCAGAACCCAGCUCGACAGGCGAGUGUUGGAGCAGGAAUCCCUUACUCUGUGCCGGCAUGGAGCUGUCAAAUGAUCUGUGGGUCUGGCCUGAAGGCGGUCUGUCUGGGGGCGCAGUCCAUAAUGACGGGAGAGUCCAGUAUUGUGGUCGCAGGAGGCAUGGAAAGCAUGAGCAAGGCUCCACAUACAAUUCACAUGCGAGCUGGGGUAAGAAUGGGAGAGGCUUCCUUGCAGGAUACUAUAAUCCAUGAUGGCCUUACAGACGCUUUUUAUCAGUAUCAUAUGGGUAUAACUGCUGAAAAUGUGGCCAAUCAGUGGCAAGUCAGCAGAGGGGAACAAGACCAACUUGCCGUACUGUCACAGAACAGGACAGAGGCAGCACAGAAAGCUGGCUAUUUUGAAAAGGAAAUUGUUCCUGUUCUUGUGCCUUCCAAAAAAGGUCCUAUAGAAGUUAAAACAGAUGAAUACCCUCGACAUGGGAGCAACUUGGAAGCAAUGGCAAAGUUAAAGCCCUGUUUUCUGACCGAUGGAACCGGGACAGUAACAGCAGCUAAUGCUUCAGGUUUAAAUGAUGGAGCUGCAGCUGUGAUACUAAUGAAGAAAUCUGAAGCUGCUAGGAGAGGUCUUAUGCCUAUGGCCCGGAUCGUAUCUUGGGCUCAGACUGGUAUAGAUCCAUCUAUAAUGGGAGUAGGGCCCAUUUCAGCAAUAAAGAAAGCUGUUGAGAAAGCAAGCUGGACUCUGGACCAAGUUGACUGGUUUGAAAUUAAUGAAGCCUUUGCAUCACUCUCGAUUGCAAUAGCAAGAGAACUGAAAGUAAAUCCAGAAAAGAUCAACACCCAAGGUGGAGCUAUUGCUCUUGGCCACCCUCUGGGUGCCUCCGGAUGCCGCAUCCUUGUGACUCUGCUACACGCACUGGAACGAACAGGCGGAAAACGUGGUGUUGCUGCUCUCUGCAUAGGAGGAGGAAUGGGAAUAGCUAUGUGUGUCGAGAGAUGAGCAGCUGCCUCACAGCUUACUACCAACCAACGUAACCUUCUAAUCAUGCAACUUAAUUACAUGUUUUUGUUUUCCCCGCAAUUACAGAGGCUUACUACAAUGCUUUUUGUGCUUGUUCAUCAUUGUCUCAUCAACUACAGAUUCCUGAUUACUACACAGUAGUUUCCACUUCUCAAAAUAAAUUUUUCUGCAAAAAAAUAAAAGAAAAAGCAGCGUUCAA